AACAGAGGACAAACAAACAGUGGCUGGAUAAGUCGUUUUGGAUAAAACACUCUCUUCUCUCCAUCCUCCUCUUGGAGCAGAGCUCCGUCGUCAAUCCUAGCAAGCAAUGGCUUCCUCAGUCGUCACUUCUUUUCAACCCAGGUCAUCAUUUUUGGGCGAUAGAAACGUGUUCAAGGUCACAACCAAGCCGAUUGCUAGAGUGGGUUUCUCCAGCAAGACCAUAGAGUGCAAGGAGUCAAGGAUAGGGAAGCAGCCCAUCGCUGUACCAUCCAAUGUAACCAUCGCAUUGGAAGGUCAAGACUUGAAAGUCAAAGGUCCAUUAGGAGAGCUCGCUCUAACUUACCCACGCGAAGUUGAGCUCAUCAAAGAAGAUGCUGGUUUAUUGAGGGUCAAAAAAACCGUCGAAACUAGAAGAGCUAACCAGAUGCACGGCCUUUUCAGGACGCUAACGGAUAACAUGGUAGUGGGAGUGUCAAAGGGCUUUGAGAAGAAGCUGAUACUAGUGGGUGUCGGUUACCGUGCGACGGUGGAAGGGAAAGAGCUGGUUCUGAAUCUGGGGUUUUCUCACCCGGUGAAGAUGCAGAUACCGGAUAGUUUGAAAGUGAAAGUGGAAGAGAACACGAGGAUCACGGUGAGUGGAUACGACAAGAGCGAGAUAGGGCAGUUUGCUGCGACGGUGAGGAAGUGGAGGCCGCCGGAGCCGUACAAGGGUAAGGGAGUGAAGUAUUCAGAUGAGAUUGUGAGGAGGAAAGAAGGCAAAGCUGGAAAGAAGAAGUGAUCAUCUUUUGUUCCUUGUUGUUGUGUAUUUUACCCUUUCUAUGUUAAAUGUGUAUUUGCGCAAAUCUUUUUUUAUGAAAAAAAUGUGAAACUUUUCCCCAUGA